CAGCAGGAACGACAGCCAGAGGAGCUCCUCGUAGGAAGAGCAAAGGAUUGUGGGAGUUGCAGUGCAGAUUUUUCUUCUUCUCUUCUCCUCCUCAUCCCUGGCAGGAUGUUUGGCAGGCUGCUGCUCUGCUGCUGGUCCCUCAGCCUGCUGCGCCUCUCCUGUGCUCUGGUUCAUGGUGGCAUCCAGCUGGACGACGGCCCGGCGGGGGGCCUCCGCACCGACACCUCCUACCUGUCUGACAUCGAUCGAGGCCACGCCCCCAACCCUGUUCAGGAAGCUGUUCUCCUUCCUGUGGAGUCAGAGGAGGACCGGUUCAUGAUGGAGACGGGUUCCAACAAUGAGGAUUCGUCUGCGCUGCAGCUGCAGGGCCGGGCCGCUCGCUCCCCUCGCCGCUGCAUCCCUCACCAGCAGUUCUGCCUGGGUUACUCGCUGCCCUGCUGUGACCCCUGUGACACCUGCUACUGCCGGUUCUACAACGCCAUCUGCUACUGCCGCCCGGUGGGCCACACCUGCCCACACAGGCGCACCUGAGCACGCCUCCUGAGGGCUGAUCUCUGCGGUUCCACCUGCUCCUAGAUAAUAAACUGAAGAUGCGUCCUGGUGAAUUGGACACGGUUCCGCCUGAGGAUGUGGUGUUAGAAG